UCCCCGUGAGGCCACCGCCUUCACCCCUGCUCGCCUCGCGCGGAGCUGCGGGCCAGGCCGGAGCUGGAGGGCGGGGCCUGGGGCGGGGCGGGAGCAGGACGGCCUGAGCCGCUGCGGGAGGCGAGGAGGAAGCCGCGCGUCUUGGGAGGCGUGCGGGACACAGACGGGCGAACGUUCGGUUGCUGGGAGCUGCGGGGCCCCGGGGCGAGGAAUCUGCAGGCUUUUGUGGGACCGACCACUCUUGGGCUACCAAAUGCCACCUUACUUCGUGUGCCCUGGGAGGUUCUGGGGCAGGUGACGGCACCGUGACCUCUCAUCAUGGAUGGAGAUGGACUUUUUGAUGAAGAAAUCCGAAGUGUCUUUACCGGUCAGGAUGUUUUGGCUGUCUUGAGUUUUUGACAAAACCUGCCUGGUUCCCUUUGGGGGAUCCGAAUGAGAGAUCUCAGACACCUUCACUACGAAGCCAAGGACAUUUCUGUAUAAUCAGCGCAUGAAAGGAUUUUCUCAGACUCUUUCCUCCCAUUUUCCUCGAGGAUUAAUCCACCAGAAUCCACAGUUCCGGUGGAGACUGCGAGGCAUAUUCAAUGUGGCAGAAACCUAGAGCGCCUUCGGAAUAGCUCUGGACCCUGCCUUAGGCAUAGAGGACUCUAUUGCACACGCCACUCCCCUCCCCUGCCCCCAACUCCCUCCUUCUGACUACUCUGUCUUUGACUGGCUCUCAUUUUCCCCUGUGAAGUUCUGCUUCCAAACUGUUCCCUGGAGCUAUAAGUGGAUUGGCAGUAAUGAGAGAUUAGGCGGUGGGAAAAGCACGGUGCCCUGUACUGUGUCCUUUUCCUGCUGCUGCCGCCGCCGCCGCCGAUAUGAAGGGCUUUUUCCCAGUGUUGAGCUGUCUGGCUGUGCUGGGUGUGGUGUCAGCGCAGCGACAGGUCACUGUCCAGGAAGGACCCUUGUACCGCACCGAGGGCUCCCACAUCACCAUCUGGUGCAACGUGAGUGGCUACCAGGGUCCCUCUGAGCAGAACUUCCAGUGGUCCAUUUACCUGCCCUCUGCUCCCGAGCGGGAAGUACAGAUUGUUAGCACGGUGGACUCUUCCUUCCCCUACGCCAUCUACACCCAACGAGUCCGUGGUGGGAAGAUCUUCGUGGAGAGGGUCCAGGGGAACUCAGCCUUACUUCACAUCACAGACCUGCAAGCCCGGGAUGCCGGGGAGUAUGAAUGUCACACCCCCAACACCGAUGAGCGCUACUUUGGGAGUUACAGUGCCAAGAUGAACCUCGUGGUGAUCCCAGAUUCUCUGCAGACCACGGCCGUCCCCCAGACUCUGCACAAAGUGGAACAGGACCCACUGGAGCUCAGCUGUGAAGUGGCCACUGAGACCGACCAGCACACCCACCUCUCGGUAUCCUGGCUGCGGCAGAAGGGCGGCGAGAACCCAGUGGAGGUCAUUUCCCUGAGCCGAGACUUCAUCCUGCACUCUAGCAGUGAAUAUGCCCAGAGGCAGAGCCUGGGCGAGGUGCGGCUGGACAAGCUGGGGAGAAGCACUUUCCGCCUCACCAUCUUCCACCUGCAGCCUUCUGACCAGGGCGAGUUCUACUGCGAGGCCGCGGAGUGGAUCCAGGAUCCUGAUGGCUCUUGGUACGCCAUGACCAGGAAACGCUCUGAGGGUGCCGUGGUCAACGUCCAGCCCACGGACAAAGAGUUCACCGUACGUCUGGAAACAGAUAAGAGGCUGCACACGGUGGGUGAGCCGGUGGAGUUCAGAUGUAUCCUAGAAGCUCAGAACAUUCCCGACCGCUACUUUGCUGUCUCCUGGGCCUUCAACAGCUCACUCAUCGCCACCAUGGGGCCUAAUGCUGUGCCAGUUCUCAACAGCGAAUUUGCCCACCGUGAAGCCAAGGGACAGCUUAAGGUGGCCAAAGAGAGUGAUGGUGUCUUUGUGCUGAAGAUAUACCACCUCCGCCAGGAAGACAGUGGCAAAUACAACUGCCGGGUGACUGAGCGAGAGAAGACUGUCACUGGCGAGUUCAUCGACAAGGAAAGCAAGCGGCCCAAGAACAUCCCCAUUGUCGUGCUCCCCCUCACAGAUAACUGGGUAGUUAAAGUCCCCCAGCAGCACCAGAUCCUGCCCCAAGGCCACUUGGAAAGCAGCAUGUCCGUGGAGGUGGCCAGCAAUGCCAGUGUCAUCCUUGAGGGUGAGGACCUGCACUUCUCCUGUACUGUCCGCACGGUGGGCAGGCUACAGGCCCGCUUCUCGGUCAUCUGGCAGCUUGUGGAUAGGCAGAACCGCCGCAGCAAUGUCAUGUGGCUAGACCGGGACGGCACUGUGCAGCCGGGCUCAUCGUACUGGGAGCGCAGCAGCUUCGGCGGCAUCCAGAUGGAGCAGGUGCAACCCAACUCCUUCAGCCUGGGCAUCUUCAACAGCAGGAAGGAAGAUGAGGGCCAGUACGAGUGCCACGUGACAGAGUGGGUACGGGCCGUGGAUGGAGAGUGGCAGAUCGUGGGAGAGCGCCGCGCCAGUACCCUGGUCUCCAUCACAGCCCUUGACACGGGCUUCGCAGUCACAGCUAUCUCCCGGACACCAGGGGUCACCUACAGCGACUCCUUUGACUUACAGUGCAUCAUCAAACCCCACUACCCAUCCAGAGUCCCCGUGUCUGUAACAUGGAGGUUCCAGCCAGUGGGCACAGUGGAGUUCCAUGACCUGGUGACCUUCACACGAGAUGGAGGGGUUCAGUGGGGGGACAAGUCAUCCACCUUCCGAACUCGGACCGCCAUUGAGAAGGCUGAGUCCAGCAACAAUGUCCGCCUGAGCAUCAGCCGGGCCAGUGACACAGAGGCAGGCAAGUACCAGUGUGUGGCAGAGCUGUGGCGGAGGAAUUACAACAACACCUGGACAAGGCUGGCGGAGAGGACGUCCAACCUGCUGGAGAUUCGGGUGCUGCAGCCAGUGACAAAGCUUCAGGUGAGCAAAUCGAAGAGAACCCUCACACUAGUGGAGAACCGGCCCAUUCAGCUGAACUGCUCAGUCAAGUCCCAGACCAGCCCGAACUCACACUUCGCCGUGUUGUGGUAUGUUCACAAACCCUCGGACGCGGACGGCAAGCUCAUCCUCAAAACGACGUACAGCUCAGCCUUCGAGUAUGGGACCUAUGCCGAGGAGGAGGGCCUGCGAGGCCGGCUGCAGUUCGAGAGGCAUGUGUCAGGGGGCCUGUUCAGCCUUACUGUGCAGAGAGCAGAGGUCAGCGACAGUGGUAGCUACUACUGCCACGUGGAGGAGUGGCUGCUGAGUCCCAACUAUGCCUGGUACAAGCUGGCUGAGGAGGUUUCAGGGCGCACAGAGGUUACUGUGAAGCAGCCAGAUAGCCGCCUGAAGCUCAGCCAAGCCCAGGGGAGCCUGUCUAUUCUGGAGACCCGGCAGAUACAGUUGGAGUGUGUGGUCCUGAACCGCACCAGCAUGGCCUCCCAGUUGGUAGUGGAGUGGUUCGUAUGGAAGCCCAACCACCCAGAGCGGGAAGUAGUGGCCCACCUGAGUAGAGAUGCUACCUUCCACUAUGGCGAACAGGCUGCCAAAAACAACCUGAAGGGGCGGCUGCACUUGGAGAGCCCAUCUUCUGGUGUGUACAGGCUCUUCAUCCAGAAUGUGGCGGUGCAGGACAGCGGGACCUACAGCUGCCGAGUGGAGGAGUGGCUGCCCAGCCCCAGUGGUGUGUGGUAUAAACGGGCUGAGGACACAGCUGGACAGACGGCCGUCACGGUCAUGCAACCUGACGCUGCCCUCCAGGUGGACACAGUGGUCCCCAAUGCCACCGUGACUGAGAAGGCAGCUUUCCAACUGGACUGCAGCAUCCUGUCUCGAUCAAGCCAGGACUCCCGCUUUGCUGUGGCCUGGUAUUCCCUAAGGACUAAAGGUGGAGGGAAAAGAGGCAACCUCGGCAUUGAUGAGCAAGAGGAGGAGGAGGAGGUAUUGGAAGAGGAGGACUCUGAAGAUCCAACAGAGAGGACAGUCCUGCUGAGCGUGGGACCUGAUGCUGUCUUUGGUCCCGAAGGCAGCCCGUGGGAGGGCAGGCUGCGCUUCCAGAGGCUCUCGCCCCUGCUAUACCGGCUCACGGUGCUUGAGGCGAGCCCCCAGGACACAGGCAACUACUCCUGCCAUGUGGAGGAGUGGCUGCCCAGCCCCCAGAAGGAAUGGUACCGGCUGACGGAGGAAGAGUCUGCCCCCAUUGGCAUCCGGGUUCUGGACACAAGUUCCACCCUGCAGUCGCUCAUCUGCUCCAACGAUGCCCUCUUCUACUUUGUCUUCUUCUACCCUUUCCCCAUCUUUGGCAUCCUCAUCAUCACCAUUCUGCUGGUGCGCUUCAAAAGCCGGAACUCCAGCAAGAACUCAGAGGGGAAGAACGGGGUGCCCCUGUUGUGGAUCAAGGAGCCACACCUCAACUACUCCCCGACUUGCCUGGAGCCUCCGGUGCUCAGCAUCCACCCAGGAGCCAUAGACUAAGGAGGCUACCCCCACAGCAGACGUUACCCAUGGCAGGGUCGGGUCCGGGGAGCCCUCUGGGCUUUUCCUCAUUGCUUCAUGCUCUGUGAUUGGACAGGCGACAGCACCCGAACUCUGCAGGUUCUCUGCAGGAACCAGUCAGACCUGGACCGUGUUGGAAGCUUCGGGUCACGGAGAUGGCUGCCUCCGGGCGGUGGUCCUGGUUAGCUGUUCACACUCAGAUGUCGUGAUGCCAACAUCCUAGGUUCCUAGUUUUUGGUUUUGGUAACUUAGUGCGUAGCUCCAGGUGCCGCAUCUACUCGCCAGUCUAUCUCAUGUCCUCAGAUCGGUGCUACGGGGUUUCCUGUUCCGUGUAAUGUACUCUUUUUAAGCCCCUUUGGUCCUCUCCAUUUGGAUCCCAUAAUGUUGUGGAAGAGUUUCUCUCACAACUGAUAAGCAAGAGGAAGACGCCUUCAUAGUAACAAGGAAUUUCUUCCAAGACAUUUUUGUUUUUGCACAUUUGAAAAUGCCACCCGUGGAUCAAAAUACACCCAAACAUUUUUUUUUUUAACUUUCUUAGCAAGACUUGGAAAAUAUGUGUAGCGUGGGCCCAAUUUAUAUCUUAUCUCUUCCCUCAGCCGGAGUUGUUGGAACCACUUUAUAGUCAAGAUGAAAGCGCUGAGUUUUGCUUCAAAGGACUGCGCAUGUGCAGAAGAAACCCGGCAGAACCCCAUUAGGAGUAGAUGGUGGCCAGCCAGCCAGUCUGUCAGGGAGGCAAAAAAGGCUUCCAUCCUUGCCAAAACAAUAAACAAGCCAACUUGGAGGGUGGGUCAAGGGCUCCAGGCGGCACCCAGUUUCUGAGGGUUGCCCUGAGCAUACCUACCUUUGUAUUGAUCAAAGGCAAUGAUUGGGGGACGGGGAUGGGGCGGAGGGUUGUUGGCUUGACUUGGGGAAGCUCAAUCUCUUGACUUACCCCUGAGCAGUUAGCUUUCUUCUGUAGGUGCUUUGCCAAAUUUCCAAGGGGACAUGUCUAGUGAAGCCAGAAGGGGCUGCCCUGAGUGGAGAGAGCAUUAUGGCUAAAGUGGCCCCUGUGCACAGACCCAGUGGACGGUGCUGAGCGGUCACACUGAGCUUAGCAGAGUGGAGGGGGUCUUCAAGAGGCCAAAGGAAUGCUUACCUCUCUUGUCUUCCUUCCAGUGAGCCUUUCCUCAGAGACGGUGAUGGGGUCCUUAUCCAUCACUGCUCUUCCCGAAUCUCAGUGCCGUGGGGAUAUUGUCCUAGGAUAGCACCAGGCACAGCCCUUUGCAAUUCUUGUCCCCCUGCUUUCAACAGACAACUGAAAACAGGAGUGGUCACUUUCCUUUGUUGGAGUGCGCGCGCGCGUGUGUGUUUGUGUGUGUGUGUGUGUGUGUGUGUGUGUGUGUGUUCAGGUUGUUUGAGUAUACUGGUGGCUUUUAAUUUUCAGCCCACAAAUCCAAACUCCACUGUCUCCACUCUGUUAAGCCAGAUGCUUAGCUGCCUGUGAGCCUCAUCAAUUGCAAAUCCUCCUUUUGCCUUUUGCUCACUCUGACCAUCUUGUGACCCCUCUCUUCCACACCCCUCAGCGGCCACACCUCCCCUGGGGAAUUUGCAUCCUGAGUCCCAAGAUAAAAAAGCUACCUAAGAUUGUGGAAGUAAAUCUAAUGAGCGAUUUCUGCAAAGCCUGGUCCCGAGAAUAAACAGACAACACAGAGGCUGCAGGACUUCCAAGGGGUCUGCUAGGUGUGCUGAGGGGAGGAAGGGAGGCGCGAUGCAGCCUGCUGAUCCUUCUCCUUCCCUCCUGGCCCUCUUGUUCUCUGAGAAGUGUCCAGGCAGCACCACCUUAAUCCUCCUGUGCCUGCCCUGCUGAUUCUCAUUUUUGCUGCAUAUACACAUCAGAGGGACCAAAUUGGCUCAGUCACGAAGAAAGAAUGUCUUUUGUUCUGUUCCUUCGGUUCCUGGGUGUGGGCUCUUGGUGGGUAAUUGCUGACUCCUGAGUUUUAAGCUGAGUCAAUGAGGGAAGAUUGACGCCAGAGGGCUGGCCUGGAUUAAGAUUUCAGAUCAGUUCUGUAGCAGCAGAAAACUUGAGUAAAUAUUCGAAGCAACCGCAGGACGUUUGCAAGGAGCAAAGAAAUCUAUGUCAGUAUUUUAACAACCACUUUUUGUGUGUAUUUUCUGAAGGGCUGGGGUAUGCAAUCAAAGGUUAAACUCUGAGCUUUCUAUGAAAACAAAACAAAACAAAACAAAAACC